GCAAUGUGCAAGUUACUAAGCAGAUAAUUAUUUUCUUUAUCAAUGUUUAUUGUUUAAACGAUUCAACUCUUAAAAUGUUUCAACAAAUAUCAUAUAUUGUAUUAGGUUUAACAUUGCUCAUUUUUUCGUGUGAAUCAAAGUACACCUAUUCUAUAAAAUAUGCAGAUUUACCAAUUGAUCAUUUCUCUUUUACAGUAAAUGAUACUUUUAAGUUAAGAUAUUUAAUUAAUGAUACAUUUUGGGAUUCAGAAAAAGGACCAAUAAUAUUUUACACAGGCAAUGAGGGUGAUAUUGAACUAUUUGCACAAAAUACAGGAUUUAUAUGGGAAUUGGCACCCCAAGUUAAAGGAUUAAUAGUAUUUGCUGAACACAGAUAUUAUGGAGAGUCAUUACCAUUUGGAAAUGCGUCAUAUACCAACUUAUCUAAGUUAGGUUAUUUAACAUCAUCUCAAGCUUUAGCUGAUUUUGCAAAACUUUUACAAGAAAUAAAUAGACCUAAAAAAUAUCAUAGCUCUAGAGAUACAACUAUUCAAGGUAAUCCAGUAAUUGCAAUUGGUGGUUCAUAUGGAGGCAUGUUAGCGGCAUGGUUUCGAAUGAAAUAUCCACAUUUAGUGGUUGGAGCCAUUGCAAGUUCAGCACCAGUUUUACAGUUUUCAGGAAUUACACCAUGUGAAGUUUUCAGUCGAAUUGUUACUUCUGAUUUCAAAACAGCAUACAAUGCAAAUUGUUCUUCUAAUAUAAAAAAAUCUUGGGCGGUUAUGAAAAAUUUGUCUUCAACUGCAGAGGGUUUAAAAAACCUGACAAAAAUCUGGAAUUUAUGUAGUCCGUUGAAAAAUUAUAAAGAUUUGGAAGAUUAUUUAGUUGAUACUUAUGGUAACUUGGCAAUGGCAAACUAUCCUUAUGAGGCCAACUUUUUAGCUCCAAUGCCAGCAUAUCCAGUACGUGAAGUUUGUGCUCGACUUAAUGAAACAUAUGAUGCAGAACACAUUGUUGAGAAACUUCAAGCAGCCUUGACCAUUUAUACAAACUACACAGGAAAAGUUAAAUGUUUGGAUAUAGAUGUUCAUGCCACGCCAGAACUAGGAGAUGAAGGAUGGCAUUUUCAAAGUUGUACUGAAAUGGUGAUGCCAAUGUGCAGCAAUGGCGUAGAUGAUAUGUUUCCAAAUAUAAAAUGGAAUCUUAAAGAGUUUUCUGAUGAUUGUUAUAAGAAAUUUGGAGUAAGACCACAAGAAUUUGCAGCUGCUCUAAAUUAUGGAGGAUCUAACUUGGGAGCUGCUAGUAACAUAAUAUUUUCUAAUGGUUUAUUGGAUCCUUGGAGUGGUGGAGGAGUUUUGAGAAGUAUUGGAGACACAUUGAUAGCAGUGAUUAUCCCUGAGGGAGCUCAUCAUCUUGAUCUUAGAGCUGCAAGUGAAUCAGAUCCUAGCUCUGUUGUGCAAGCGCGUUCAUUUCAUACAAAAACUAUACAACGCUGGCUCAAAAAUUACUGGUCUAAACAUGGAUCCAAGUAUCGCCAUUCAAUGCUUUAAUGUAUAUAAAUAAGUUUGAUUGUUAAUAAUAUAUGACCUUAGAAA